UCUUUCUUCUUGUUAAACCAAACUUUGAUCACAAAUAGGAAGAAAAUCGUUGCAGAUUUCUUCCUAUAUGGACCUUCUUUGGUCAGAGGCCCAGCCUCGUCCAUCUGAAAAGUUGAUCGUCGCAUUUUCAGAGACUCCACCGUGCUCAAAGCGAGAAAAGGAAGAUGAAAAACACCCACAUGAGUCUGCUCCACGCCUUCUACUGGAUCUAAGUCUCCCUAGUGAAGAUUCAGGUGAUGACUCAAAGCCAGAACUCAAUCUCAUCAACUGUUUCGACACAAAUGUGUCCAUGAAUUCCUCGGAAUCUAGUAAUCAUGGUAAUGAAGUGGAGCCAAAAAUUUUCUCGUGCAACUACUGCCAGAGAAAGUUUUAUAGUUCGCAGGCUCUUGGGGGACACCAAAAUGCACAUAAGCGUGAAAGAACAUUGGCAAAAAGAGGACAUAAAGUUGGUGGUGCAGUUUCAAUAGAUUUUGGACAAAGGUACUCUAGUAUGGCUUCUCUUCCUUUGCAUGGCUCAUAUAACAGGUCACUUGGAAUUCAGGUGCAUUCUAUGAUCAACAAACCCUCUUAUCAAACACCCAUUUUCGGUUUGUCCCAUUCCCAUGCCCAAAAAGGGUGGCAGAGGCAUCCUAUGUACUCAAAAGCGGCAAUUGAGAGUCUUGCAUCUGAGAAUUUUCAUGUGGAGACAGAAACCGAAUCAUCCUUGGCUGGUGGCAUCCAACGAUUAGGGAAGCCUUCUCCCAGGUUAGUGCCAGAAGGAUUUGGAGGUUACUUGUUGGGUAGUAUUUCCCAUUUGAAGACUAAACAAGAGGAGUUGCAGAAGCUUGACUUGUCCCUCAAACUCUAAGUGCAAUCUUUCAUGUCAUAUCCCAUAUUAAUUGUGUCUAUUGACCAAGAGAUUUCUACCUUUCUUUUCUUUCUUUGCGCUCAUGUCAUGUAUCUCUAGUCACAAUAGCUGUAAAUGCAUUUUAG